AAUUUUAAACUAAGUUGCAAGUCCUAGGUUACACUUUCUUUGACAACCCCUAAUUUCUUCAUCUCCCGCCGCAACUCAUCAAAUUUCCGGCGAAUAUACAUACACAUUCAUACAUAUAGACACAUACAGUGAUGGUUGAUACGAAGAGAAAAAGCAGAGACACAAACAACGCCAAGAUGGCAAAGAAAAACAAAACCCCAACAAGCUCAAACAAGAAAGGGGUGAGAAGGGGCGGUGAAAAACGUAAGAGAAGUGGGCCCCACCUGCCCAAUGCAAUGAAAAGAGAGAUAGAACUGUUGAAUCCAAGAAGUGGGUCAGAUGAUGAGAUUGAUUCUGAUGAGGAGUUUGCUGGGAAGGAUGUUUAUGAGUACGAAGAAGAGGUUCCUGAGGAGGAAUCAAAGAAGAACAGGCGGUAUGAUCCUGUUGAGAAUUUUGAGUUUGAGCUUCCUGAGGAUUUUAAGGAUGAGAAUGUUGACUCUGAUGAAUUUGACUCCGAUGAUUUUGAUGAUGAGGCACAAAAUCUUGGAGAUGAUGUUGAAGAAGAUGAUGAUGGAAGGCAUGGAAGGAUGCUGCAAGAAAUUACUGGAAUACCCAGUGAUGCUUUUGGAGGUAAGAAGUUAAAAAAUAACAUUGUCAUAUCCGAGGCUUACCCAGAGAAUGAAUAUAAUCCUAGUGGUGAUGUACUGGAUGGUAAUGGUCGCAUCAGCAUUCAAGAUCUUUUAGAUCCACUUCGGGAGAAAUCUGGUUUUGGCAAACUUAAAAAAAGUGUGGAUCGAAUUGAAACAAAGCAGAUGUCUGUUCAUGCACCUCUUCGGAAACCUGACAGAGAGAAAUUGGAGAGGAAGUUCGCCUAUGAACAAUCAAAGAAGGAUAUUACUAAGUGGGAACCAUUGGUAAAGAGGAACAGGGAAGCACCUACGAUCUUUUUUGAUGAUAAAACAGAUCUCAAUUUUUCCACUGUGGGUGCAAUAGCUUCGGAGUUUGAACCUAGAACAGAAUUUGAGAAACAAAUGGCUGCAUUAGUUAAUAAUAGUGAAGUUGCAGAAGCUCACAAAAAAGAUGGUGCCAGGCUCCUUGAAUUAAACAAAGUAACAAUGGAAGAUGUGAAGGACCAUCAGGACCGUCUUGCAAAAAUGCGGAAUCUUCUUUUUCGACAUGAAAUGAAGGCAAAGCGCAUAAAAAAGAUAAAAUCUAAAACAUUUCAUCGCUUGAUGAAAAAGGACAGAUUGAAAGCAGCUGCACACGAAAUUGAGACAGAUCCUGAAGCUGCUAAAAAAUUGGCUAUGAAGCAAGAGUAUGAAAGAAUUAAGGAACGCUCAACUCUGAAGCACAAGCACCACAAUAAAUGGGCCAAGCGCAUUCUAGAACGUGGUUUGGGUGUGCAGGAUGAUGGAACUCGAGCUGCUAUGGCUGAACAGCUACAUCAAAAUGCUCUUUUAACUAGAAAAAUGAACUCUAUGAAAGAUGAUAGUAACAGUGAUGACAGCAGUGACAGUGAUGAUGAUGACGACGUUUCAGGUGCUUCAGAUGAAGAGGGAAAGCUAAAACUGUUAGAGAGAGCGAAACAGAAGACACUUACAAUUUUGGAAGAUGACGAAGUUCCUAAUUCAGGACUGCAUUCCUUGCCUUUCAUGGCCCGUGGAUUAGAGAAGAGGAAAGCAGCAGCUGAAGAAGAAGCCAAACUCGCCCUUCAAGAAUAUGAAGCAUCAUUAAAGCAGUCAGAGGGCACAGAUGAUUUAGAAAAGGGUACUUCAAGUGGCAGGAGGGUAUUUGGUGCUCCAGAACAGCAGAUUCAAGAUUCGGGUGAAAAAAUUAGGUCAAAUAAUUAUUAUGGUAAUUCUGAUAGUGAAGAUGACUAUGAGACCAAGAAAGAUGUUGAUGUCGGACAUGCCAGAAAGAGUUAUUUGCGGAAACACGUUACUGUCGAUCCCAGUGUACUUAGAGACAAGUCUCAGAUUGGUCAUGAUGACUUAUUUAAGAGUUUAAAUGAAAUUGUCGAGGCCCCAGGGACCAAGACGACAUAUGAUGUUGCCAUAUUUGCCAGCAAUUCAUGGCAAAAAAAACAAAAUCAGCCCCGAAAUUCUGAGCAGAUGAAAGGUAAAACUGAAGUGGAUGCAAAUGGCAAUAAUUCUUUGGAAGUUAUGGAGCCUGCUCUGGAUGAACAAGAGGAAGCAGAAAAUGAUGAUGAUAGUGAUACCGAGGGAAACAUUAGGAUGGUGGACGGAAUUCUAUCUGCUGUUGACGAUUCGAACUAUGAACUUCCAUCGCAAGCUGAACUCAUACGACGUGCUUUUGCGGGUGACGAUGUGGAGGAAGAGUUCGAGAAAGACAAAGAGGCGAUAUUAAAUGAGGAAAAUCCAGAACCAGAAAAGCCCGUGUUACUUCCUGGCUGGGGUCAAUGGACCCAUGUCCAAAAAAAGAGAGGUUUGCCUUCAUGGAUGCUGGCUGAGCAUGAUAAUGCUAAGAAGAAAAGAGAAGAAGCAUUAAAGAAAAGGAAGGAUGCCCAUCUUAAGAACGUGAUUAUAUCUGAGAAGGUGGAUAGAAAGGCUGAAAAAUUGCACACAAAGACGUUGCCGUAUCCUUACACAUCCAAGGAAGUUUUUGAGCAGAGCAUCAGGAUGCCUAUUGGGCCUGAAUUUAACCCUGCAAGUGCUCUUGAAGCUCUUAACUGCCCUGAAGUGCGCAAGAGAUCUGGUGUGAUUAUAAAACCAAUUGGGUUUGAAGAUAUGAAAUCCCAUGAGAGAGCAGUUAAUCUUAAACAAAGUGGGAAGAAGAGGAAUGCGAAGAACCAAAGGAAUAAGAGUUAAGCCAAAGCAGCGGGAAGCUUGAUGACAAGUGCUAGUUUCGAAAUCAAAGAAUAGACGAGGCAAAGUUGUGAAUAGACUUUAAUUGCCAGAGGCAAAGCUCUGAAAGGUUGUAUGAUCCCUUGAUUGGCAAAUUAUAUAUAUCAUCCCUUCAAUUGGUCAGGUUAAAAUAUAUCUCUACUUUACUGGUUAAAGUAAUUUAUUUUCCUUGCAAAUUUAUGGAGCUCUUUGCGGCUCUUCAAUUUUGGUCCCUUCUCUUCCCUGUUGUUUUACAAAAGGAAUAGUCCACUCAAGGCGGGACGGUGUCAGUCAAGGAGCUGAGGUUAAUUGUUAUUCAUAUGAAUAUUGUUUUGUUUCUUUAAAUGUAUGCAGUAAACAUUGUUUUCUAUAUCAUCCAAUGAGCUCCCCUUCCCUUCCCUUCCCUUGUAUGCAGGCAUUACUUCCAGACUAAAUAUUCUGAGUUUAUUCCUAGAUUGCUUACAUUAUAUGGUCAA